GGGAGAUAGAAGUAUCUGGUAUUGUGAGGCGCAGGCGCAGAGGCGGAUGGGCUGAGGGGGAGGCGCAGCAUAAAUACAACUCGCGUUCCCCCCACUGCCCAGAACCAAGCCAGGUGCCGUACAGGGAGGAUAUACUGAGUUUCUACACUUAAGCGGUACAUCAUGCAGAUCUUCGUGAAAACCCUGACGGGGAAGACCAUCACACUAGAGGUUGAGCCGUCUGACACUAUUGAGAAUGUGAAGGCCAAGAUCCAGGACAAGGAGGGCAUCCCCCCAGAUCAGCAGAGGUUGAUCUUUGCUGGCAAGCAGCUGGAGGAUGGCAGAACACUCUCAGACUACAACAUCCAGAAGGAGUCCACCCUCCACCUUGUGCUCAGGCUGAGAGGAGGUAUGCAGAUCUUCGUCAAGACACUCACAGGCAAGACCAUCACCUUGGAAGUGGAGCCCUCAGAUACUAUUGAGAAUGUGAAGGCCAAGAUCCAGGACAAGGAGGGCAUCCCCCCAGACCAGCAGAGGUUGAUCUUUGCUGGUAAGCAGCUGGAGGAUGGCAGGACCUUGUCGGACUACAACAUCCAGAAGGAAUCCACACUCCAUCUCGUGCUCAGGCUGAGAGGAGGCAUGCAGAUCUUUGUCAAGACACUCACAGGCAAGACCAUCACCUUGGAAGUGGAGCCCUCAGAUACUAUUGAGAAUGUGAAGGCCAAGAUUCAGGACAAGGAGGGCAUCCCCCCAGACCAGCAGAGGUUGAUCUUUGCUGGCAAGCAGCUGGAGGAUGGCAGAACACUCUCAGACUACAACAUCCAGAAGGAAUCAACACUCCAUCUUGUGCUGAGGCUGAGAGGAGGCAUGCAAAUCUUUGUCAAAACCUUGACAGGGAAGACUAUCACACUCGAGGUUGAGCCCUCAGAUACCAUUGAGAAUGUGAAGGCCAAGAUCCAAGACAAGGAGGGCAUUCCUCCUGACCAGCAGAGGUUGAUCUUUGCUGGCAAGCAACUGGAGGAUGGCAGAACACUCUCAGACUACAACAUCCAGAAGGAAUCCACUCUUCACCUUGUGCUCAGACUGAGAGGAGGUAUGCAAAUCUUUGUGAAAACCUUGACAGGGAAGACCAUCACCUUGGAAGUGGAGCCCUCAGACACCAUUGAGAAUGUGAAGGCCAAGAUCCAGGACAAGGAGGGCAUCCCCCCAGACCAGCAGAGGUUGAUCUUUGCUGGUAAGCAGCUGGAGGAUGGCAGAACACUCUCAGACUACAAUAUCCAGAAGGAAUCCACACUCCACCUUGUGCUUAGGCUGAGAGGAGGCAUGCAGAUCUUUGUUAAGACUCUCACAGGCAAGACCAUCACACUUGAGGUUGAGCCAUCUGACACCAUUGAGAAUGUGAAGGCCAAGAUCCAAGACAAGGAGGGCAUUCCUCCUGACCAGCAGAGGUUGAUCUUUGCUGGCAAGCAGCUGGAGGAUGGCAGAACACUCUCAGACUACAACAUCCAGAAGGAAUCCACACUCCACCUUGUGCUCAGGCUGAGAGGAGGUAUGCAGAUCUUUGUGAAAACCUUGACAGGGAAGACCAUCACCCUGGAAGUGGAGCCCUCAGACACCAUUGAGAAUGUGAAGGCCAAGAUCCAGGACAAGGAGGGCAUUCCCCCAGACCAGCAGAGGUUGAUUUUUGCUGGUAAGCAGCUGGAGGAUGGCAGAACUCUCUCAGACUACAACAUCCAGAAGGAGUCCACACUCCACCUUGUGCUCAGGUUGAGAGGAGGUAUGCAGAUCUUUGUCAAGACUCUCACAGGGAAGACCAUCACACUUGAAGUGGAGCCCUCAGAUACUAUUGAGAAUGUGAAGGCCAAGAUCCAGGACAAGGAGGGCAUCCCCCCAGACCAGCAGAGGUUGAUCUUUGCUGGCAAGCAGCUGGAGGAUGGCAGAACACUCUCAGACUACAACAUCCAGAAGGAAUCCACACUCCACCUUGUGCUCAGGCUGAGAGGAGGUAUGCAGAUCUUCGUGAAAACCUUGACAGGGAAGACCAUCACCCUGGAAGUGGAGCCCUCAGACACCAUUGAGAAUGUGAAGGCCAAGAUCCAGGACAAGGAGGGCAUUCCCCCAGACCAGCAGAGGUUGAUCUUUGCUGGUAAGCAGCUGGAGGAUGGCAGAACUCUCUCAGACUACAACAUCCAGAAGGAGUCCACACUCCACCUUGUGCUCAGGUUGAGAGGAGGUAUGCAGAUCUUUGUCAAGACACUCACAGGCAAGACCAUCACACUCGAGGUUGAGCCGUCUGACACCAUUGAGAAUGUGAAGGCCAAGAUCCAGGACAAGGAGGGCAUCCCCCCAGACCAGCAGAGGUUGAUCUUUGCUGGCAAGCAGCUGGAGGAUGGCAGAACACUCUCAGACUACAACAUCCAGAAGGAAUCCACUCUUCAUCUUGUGCUCAGACUGAGAGGAGGUAUGCAGAUCUUCGUGAAAACCUUGACAGGGAAGACCAUCACCCUGGAAGUGGAGCCCUCAGACACCAUUGAGAAUGUGAAGGCCAAGAUCCAGGACAAGGAGGGCAUCCCCCCUGACCAGCAGAGGUUGAUCUUUGCUGGCAAGCAGCUGGAGGAUGGCAGAACACUCUCAGACUACAACAUCCAGAAGGAAUCCACACUCCACCUUGUGCUCAGGCUGAGAGGAGGCAUGCAAAUCUUUGUCAAGACUCUGACAGGCAAGACCAUCACCUUGGAAGUAGAGCCCUCAGAUACUAUUGAGAAUGUGAAGGCCAAGAUCCAAGAUAAGGAAGGCAUUCCACCUGACCAGCAGAGGUUGAUCUUUGCUGGCAAGCAGUUGGAGGAUGGCAGAACUCUUUCAGACUACAACAUCCAGAAGGAAUCCACUCUUCACCUUGUACUCAGACUUCGUGGAGGGAAUUGGUAGUGCCUCGUCCUGCACGGCUUACAGGGAUCUUUAUUUUUGCAAAUUUUAUUCUGUAUACCAGUUUUCUUACUUUUUAUAAUAUGGCAGAAGAAAUAAAAUUAUUCAUUUG